UGGUAACUCUACCUACUCCACUCUCUCUCUCUAAUUUACACUUCAUUCACUGCUCUCUCUAACUUUGGCAUUUGAGGAGGUCCCCGAAAACCCCUAAGGACCUUUCGUGCAGGGCUUUGAAGACCGCCUCAUCCAUCAAAGGCCGCACGAGGCUAGUGACGUCUCACCAAACCGCCUGGAACAUCCCAACACAAAUAUUUUGGCGCCCACCAGGGGGCCUCACAACUUCGUUGCGGAAAAUAUGAGAGGCGAUUUCGAGACCCCUCUCAAAGGGACGACUGAGAAUAACACCCUUCGAGGCCUAUCGCCGAGAGGCGUAGACGAAGUCGAGCUCGAGAAGGUGGUCAAAAGUCACGGCUUGCAAAUCGCGAACAUGCAAGACAGUCUCUCUCAAAUCGUCCAGCUCUUGAAGACCAUGGAAGACCCCCCCCCCCCCCCCCCCCCCCCCCAGGGUUCAAGAGGAAGGACGCGCGAGGAGAAGCAGAAAGCCAUCAAAGUUCCCGGCAGCUCUGCUCAGACAGAAGGCGGGGGACCGGACGCGGAAGACGUGGAUCUCAGCUUCCGUGAUGAGCAUCUGCGAAUGCGAUUGACCUACGGGAAGCAAAAUAGCCCGAACGUUCUUCAAAACCCGCUAUCAAAGGAGUUUUUCGAAACCACGGUCCCGCCUAACUUCUCCUCCCUCGGACUACCAACCUACAGUGGGACUUCAGAUCCCGCAAACCAUCUUUUUGCUUUCAUGCUAAAGAUGCAGCUCAUUAACGCGUCAGACUUGUGCCGUGCGGUCCCCGUCACCUUCAGCGGUCAAUGUCGUACAUGGUACACCUCCCUCCCGGAAGGGAUAAUCAAGAAUUUCGAACAAUUCGUGAUGCUCUUCUCCACGAAGUUCGCAUCCCAACAAACUCGCAAGCUAACCGUCUUAGCUCAUAAAUUGUAGACAGAGGAAAUUAAAGAAGAGUCACUCCCGGAGUUCUACGACCGAUGGGACGCGAUAGAGUGCGAAAUAGAGGGCAUCUCUUUGGUUGUAGACGCCAGCAAUCUCAGAAUAUCCACGACCAGCAUCGAACUCAAGAGAACCCUGAUAAAAAAGGAAGCCAUGCUAACGUCAUGGUCAGACCUAGAUCAGUUGGUGCGGCGAGUAAUCUUGCUCGAGGAAGCAUUGGCAACUGACGAUCGUAGUAAAAAAGGUCGCCCCCGGAGAGAUUCCCUAUAGCGUGCAUACACACGACGCGGGAGGAGGUCCCUAGAGCGGAAGUCGUAUCGCAACAGAUACACAAAGCGUGAUGGAAAAAGAGAAGUGUUUCCACUGACCGAGAAAGAGGAAGUGAAAGACGAAGAGGCGGGAGAAAACAAGAUACGUCCUCCUUCCAUGAGCCGUAAGACGGUAAGAAAUGGUGCGACUGGCA